AUGACACAGGACUCGGGCUCAUCAGCCGCGCCGGCAGCAACAGCAACAGUCACAGGCUACGAGCUACCAUGGGUGGAAAAGUAUCGGCCGUUGCGGCUCGACGAUGUGGUUGGUAACAGAGACACCAUCGACCGUCUGAAAGUGAUUCAGAACGACGGCAACUGUCCACACCUUCUCAUCUCGGGAUUGCCGGGCAUCGGAAAGACCACUUCAGUCCUCUGUCUCGCGCGUGCACUUCUCGGAGAUGCCUACAAAGAAGGUGUGCUUGAGCUCAACGCUUCCGAUGAACGAGGUGUGGAUAUCGUCCGAAACAAGAUCAAGAACUUUGCCCAGAAGAAAGUCUCGCUCCCGCCAGGCAGGCACAAGAUCGUCAUCCUCGAUGAAGCCGAUAGUAUGACACCAGCAGCACAGCAAGCUUUGCGUCGCACCAUGGAGAUCUACUCCAACACAACACGUUUCUGCUUUGCUUGCAACCAAAGCAACAAGAUCAUCGAGCCCAUUCAGUCCAGAUGUGCUAUCUUGCGGUACGCUAAAAUCAGAGACGAGCAGAUCUUGAAGCGUUUAUUGGAGAUUUGCAAGAUGGAAGGUGUCGAGUAUUCGGAUGAGGGUUUGGGUGCUAUCAUCUUUACUUCUGAGGGAGAUAUGCGUCAGGCGAUCAACAACUUGCAGUCGACUUAUACGGGUUUGGGCUUCGUCAACCCAGAGAACGUGUUCAAGGUGUGCGACCAGCCACAUCCAUUCUUGAUCCGCUCGUUGUUGAUGGCGUGUAAGAAGGGGGUUGUCGAUGAGGCGAUGGAGAAGCUGGAUGAGAUCUGGUCCAAGGGGUAUGCUGCCGUUGAUAUCGUCACAACGCUCUUCCGUGUCGUUAAGACGCUGGAUGGCGUUCCAGAAGCUACCAAGCUCGAAUUCAUCAAGGAAAUCGGCUGGACACACAUGAAGAUCCUCGAAGGUGUUGCCACCGUUGUUCAGCUCGGCGGUCUCAUUGCGAGACUGUGCAAGCUCAGCAUGGACCCGAAGCAAUUCCAAGUCUAA